AUGUCCAGCCCUCGACCGACCAAGCGCGCGCGCGCAAACCUCACCGGUGAUGCUCAUGUCACACACCUCACUGAAGCCUCCACUGCCCAGCCAGGUAAUGGCACAAUCAAUUCCGAGGAGGUCCUCAGACUGGUGGACCAGCUCAGCCACGACAAGCUGUGCGACAUCGUAAUCAAGGCAGCUGAAGCACACUCAGACGUGGCUACCCACAUUCACAACACGAUCGAGGAAAUGCGGGAAAAGGAACGCAAUCGCGUGAUCAAUUUCGACUCUCUGUCUAAGAGUGUCUGGUAUUCUAUCAAUGUGGCGCAUCGCAAAUUAAAAGGCUCGCGCCAGUAUGACGUUGCAGGCGAUGUGUGGUAUGAAGUCGUGGAUACGAUUAAGUCUAUCGCUCAGCAAUGCGGGCCCCUUACAAGUCUCCAGACGCGACUUAAUGGGCUUUCGGUUUUGCGCAAGAUUGGAAAGACUAUUUGUUUGUCUGAUAAUGAUGUUGUGGGUCAUGAAGUGCAGAAGCAAUUUCAGUCCGAUCAUUGUCUUGAGGAGGCAAUGAUCGAGAUUCUUUCAACCAUGUCGGAGGAUGAGAGGAGAACUAUCCGUGAGGAGGAAUCCAGCGAAGAAGGUUUAUGGCUGAAGUUGCUUGAGCUAGAUGACCUUGCGUAUGACUUGUGUCUAUUUGAAAGACUUAAUGAGGUGCUAGAUUUGAUCAAUCCGCCACGAGAGUGUGACGAUGCAUUCGAUGGGGAGGACAGCGAAGAUGAGGAAGGCAGUGAAUACUUUGGAGAAGAGGGCGAAGACGAGGAAGAAGAAAACUCUGAUGAGUACGAUGUUCAGGACUACGACAAUCCUGUACAUCAGCCAUGGAUUACGGACAGUUCAAAUGCGAACCUAAGAAUAAAUGAAUUCAACUUCAUUAUUGCUCGGAAAUAUGUGGUUAAAUUGCCACUAAUUAAGGGAGGAUAUCCAACUCAGCCUCACGAGGCUGUGAUGGUUUUACACCUGAAAGGCUUUCCCCGCAUAUCCUCCCUUUCAGUACCGGACAUUGAUGCCACAGCGAACGAUAGAGACAUUGCCGAGCUACAAAGUCAAUUUGGAGUCGGCAUAAUCUGCGCCUUACCGUUAGAGGCCACAGCGGUAAGCGCACUCUUUGACACAGAAUGGGACAGCCACCUGUAUGGUAAGGCAGUAGGGGACACGAACGCAUACUCUACCGGUUCCAUUGGACGCCAUAAUGUCGUUCUGGUGCACAUGGCAGGCAUGGGAAAGAUCGCUGCUGCAACCGCUGCUGCAAACCUGCGUGCGAGCUUUGAGGGUGUCCAGCUUGCCAUUGUGAUGGGGGUUUGUGGCGCCAUUCCGCUCCGCAAGCAGCCAGACGCGGAGAUACAUCUCGGUGAUGUGAUAAUCAGCGAAGGGCUGGUCCAGUACGACUUCGGGAGGAGAUACCCCAGCAACCAAUUCGCAAGGAAGGAUACACCGCGCGAUAACUUGCCAAGGCCUAGUCCUGAAAUCCGAGCAGUCCUGGCCAAGCUGCAAGUAGAGCAGGGCCGUCGGGCGCUGCAUGAAAGGACAAUAGGGCAUCUUUUAGACUUGCGCGAGAAGCUAUAUGAUGUCGCGACAUAUCCCGGAGCGACCGAGGAUAAACUUUUUGAGCCAACAUAUAGGCACAAACACCACGUGGAUUGGACGUGUGCGGCCUGUUUGAAGAAUGAUGAUGUCUGUGACAGUGCAAUAAAGCUUACUUGUGACCAUCUCCAGUGUCAUGAAGGCAACCUUGUGCCACGUCAAAGAUUAUCUGAGCCAUUUAACCCAGUGAUCCACUUCGGACUUGUUGCAUCAGGGGACACCGUGAUGAAAUCUGGAGUGGAUCGAGACAGCAUCGCAGCGCGAGAUCAGGUGACCGCAUUCGAGAUGGAAGGCGCUGGGGUUUGGGAGCUCUUUCGGGGUGUACUGGUCAUCAAAGCUGCAUGCGACUACGCUGAUAGCCAUAAGAGUAAGAAUUGGCAAGGUUAUGCAGCGGCGACAGCAGCUGCUGCCACGAAGGAUUCCUAG